AUGGCUUCUAAAAAAUUUCCAGCGAGACUCGCUACAUGUGGUUCCGUAGAACGAGUAUUGCGCUCAUUAGCGCUACUGGUCAUCCUCUCGUGCCUCAUUGGAGUCUGUUACCAUCGACUCAUCGCGCCGUCGUCGCCCGACGCCGCUCCUUACACCUUCAACAGUAGCGCCGCAGUCCGCGAUCGCCCCUCUACUACUAGUAGUGACAGUCUCCCUCUCAAGAAUCUGACCGACCUCCACAGUACCGCCGCAGUCCGCGAUCGCCCCCCUACUAUUAAUACUCUCCCUCUCAAGAAUCUGACCGACUCGUGCGUGACGGCCAUGAGAGACGCCCACUUUUCCCCGCCCAACGGCACCACAGUUCGUGGCGGCCCCGCGCUGACUCCGCCGCAGGAGCGCGCGGCAGCGGCGUGCAGAGCGGAGCUGCGGAACGUGCUGCAGCAGUGGGCGGCGGAAGCGAGGCGGAAAGAGGCCGAGGCGGUCGACCAGGCCGCGGAGUCGCCGGAGCAGCCGAGCCCCCACGCUCAGCUCACACGGGAAGCUCACAGCCCCGCUGAUAGCCGCGCUGAUAGCCCUGAUACGCGCCGUACGGCCGAUAGUACCACCUCCGGCGCCAAUGGCGGCACCAGCACCCUCUCCAACACGCGCUCUCACCUCGUGGAGGCCGCCCUCUUCGCCCGAGCCACCAACCGCACGCUGGUGCUGCCCAAGGCCAGUCGCAGCCGCCUCUCACUCGCCCAUGCGCUGCCCCUCUGCGCCUACUUCGAUCUCUCUCGCCUCGACGCCCACUGGAUCUCGCCCGACCUCUUCCUGCUCCUCGCUAGAGCCGCCCUCACCCCGCCCUUUGCUGCUUCUGCAGCUAAAGCCGGCCCUUCCGUGGCCUUCGUGCAUCUGCAGACCUCCCAAGUGUGGCGGAUGACCUUCACUCAAGGGCCUCUGGUGGACAUGGUGAGUGAGCUGAUGGUGUAUGGCAUGGGCCAUCCACCCUCGAGACGCAACACUGUUGAUGUCGUUUUGCCGGCCAGCAGCAGUGCAGUUCUCCAGCAGUUGCAUCAGUGGCGGCACAGGGACGUGAUGGUGUGGGUGAAGACCACAUACGACCGGGUGGCCUUCCACCGUCCCACAGACGACAUCUCCUUCGAGAUGCUUCCAUACAGCCGGGAGUGGCACGCCAUGGCGCAACAAGCCAUUGCCCGCCUGCCCCCGCAGUACAUUGCGGUGCACUAUCGCUCCGAGUUCAUCGCCUUCCACCUCGCACACAAGCUAGUGCGAAGAGGCUUCAAAGUGGAGGCAGGCGUGCUGGAUGAGCUGAUGACGGGGUGCAUGGAGGCAGCUCGCGACCUCAUCAACGGCAUGAAGCGCCGCCACAACAUCUCCGCCGUCUUCAUCGCCGCCGACGUGCCGUUUGACGACAAGGCGGGCAGCGUGGUGCGGUCGGACUCGUGGCGAGAUACCACUUGGAUGUUCCAAGGCCGAGAGAGGGUGCUGGAGGCCACGCGGGAGAAGCUGCGGUGGUUGAGGGAGCAGGUGACCGGCACAGUGAUGGUGGACGAGCUCUUGCCUGCUGUCAACCAGUAUGACCCCGGCAUUGUGGCAAUAUUGGACAAGCUGCUGUGCGCACAUGCCGACAUGUUCCUAGCUGGAUCCAUCACAUGCGGGGGAAGUCGCGGCUUUGAGCAGGACAUUAGGCAACACAGGAGCCAAUUCAACAAGACGCUCCUUCAUAGAUGGGUCUCACAGACAGACAAGCUUCUACAUCAAUCAAACAGCAGCUCUGCAACUGUAGGCUAA